GUAUGUGGGUCGCCGCGACACAUAGCAGCGGUGCAGCUGGGGAGGCAGCGCUAGGCUAACGCAAAGGCAAAAUGGGUUAGGUCACCUAUAUAGCCGGAGCGUGAGCGAGAGAAAGAUAUUCGUGCAUAAUACCUAGCUACUGCAAAGCGUGUACGCGCGGCACGAGACAAACAACGUCGGCUCCUAUACGCGCGGCGAACGAGCCAAUACGUAGCCCCGCGCCAUUCAACGCUAAACUCUCCGCUCAUCGACCGUUUCGAGGCUCGAUGCGCACAUUUGUUCUCGAGCGUUUCUGCAUCGCAAUCGGUCCUUCGACCGUUGCGAGCCCCACCGCGACAACAGCCUCGUCCCAAACACGGCGUUCGUGACAGCAGCUUGCGACUCGAGCGAUCACUGCCAGCUGGAAGAACAACGGUUGCCUGGAGCCUCUUCUCGCUCACAUAAAAGUUCCAGGGUGGACGAGUUAGCAGCGCAGAUCAGCGGGAAGGAAUAGCCCCGACGGCCGUUGACGCUCGGAAUGCGCGGGCAGCGCUGCGACGAGGUGUCGGGGGAGCGCGUCUCCCUCUCGCGGUUUCAUCCGGCGGGCUGAAAAAUUGAAGGAGUCGGUCGUCGCGGCGGCUGGCGCAGCGCGCACAUGUGGAACUGGGCGAGGGUGCGCGCGCGCGCGUGCGCGGAAACGAAUUGAAGAGAGAAAGGGAUCCGCGGAGAGCGAGAGCGACACACCGCUAUUCAUGCUUAUUUUAAGCUCAUUGUGUGCAAACCGCAUUCAGCCUUUGACUGAAAGUCGUCGACGUCACGAUGCUAGCCGUAAUCUCGCUGUCGCUCUCACUCUUUUCCAGAGCGCUCUCAUUCGAUAUAUCAUUACACGCGAUGCUCUUGCCGCGCUCCUCGCCUAUUCACGACUCGUCGCGCUGUGUGCGCGAAGCAUAAAAAUAUCAAUGGAAAGACUGCGAAUAAAGAAACUGCGCAAGCAGCAAGAGCAGCUCUGCCGCUACAUCUACAACGACGUGUUGACCGCCGAGUGCACCCAGUUCAACGGCAGCUGGGCCGAGCAGGACAAGCAGCUCAAGUGGUUCGCCGGCGACUAUGACGCGGAGCUGCUUCCCAAUUUUCUGGACAACUUCAACGCCAGCAACUUCUCGGACCUCGCGGGCGAGGAGCUGGAGCCCGUGCUGCCGCCGUUCGAGCUCUGGCAGAGCGUGCUCAUAGCCUUGGCUCUGGCGCUGUGCAUCGUGCUCACGGUGGGCGGCAACAUACUGGUGCUGCUGGCCUUCAUCGUCGACCGGAGCAUCAGGCAGCCGAGCAACUACUUCAUCGCGUCGCUCGCUGCGACGGACAUGCUGAUCGGCACGGUGUCGAUGCCGUUCUACACGGUGUACGUGCUGAUGGGCACCUGGGAGCUGGGCCCGCUGCCCUGCGACCUCUGGCUGUCGGUCGACUACACGGUCUGCCUGGUCUCGCAGUACACGGUGCUGCUCAUCACCAUCGACCGCUUCUGCUCGGUCAAGAUAGCGGCCCGCUACCGCAGCUGGCGCACCAAGAAUCGGGUCAUCUGGAUGGUCAGCAUCACCUGGAUCAUACCCACCCUCCUCUUCUUCAUCAGCAUCUUCGGCUGGGAGCACUUCAUCGGCUAUCGCGACCUGCUGCCCGGGGAGUGCGCCGUCCAGUUUCUCAAGGAUCCGGUCUUCAACACGGCCCUCAUCAUCGGCUACUACUGGACCACCCUCAUCGUGCUGUUCAUUCUGUACGGCGGCAUCUACAAGACCGCCUACGACAUGCAGAAGAAGAGCGAAGCGAAGCAGCGCAAGAUGCAGUCGAUGGUGGCACUUUCCGCCGGUGCCAUGUCCGGCAUGGCGGGCCGCGCCGCGGGCAUCGGCAUCUCCAAGACCCAGAGCACCUUGCUCAGCCAGGACAAGCCCAGAGCCGGCCAGCAGCAGCAGCAGCAGUACCAGCAGCAGCAGUCGCAGCAGCAACAGCCACAGCACCAGCCGCUGACAGUCAGCACCACUGCCACCUCCGACAGCGUCAGCAGCCAGGUCGUCAGCAAGGAGUUGGCGGGCGAGCCGCGUGACGCCGGUGCGCGCAAGCAGCUGGAGGCGUCGCAGCCGGAGGCCGAGCGCUCGGAGCGCUCGAGCAGUCCGGCCUUCGACUCGGACGACGAGAGCGCGCCCGCGGCCCAGCAGCAGCAGCAGCCAGGCCUGCAGCCGAGCCGCAGCCAGCAGCAGCUGAGCAGCCUUCGCAAGCGCUCGUCCCUGGCCGGUCUGGUGGCGCAGUCGGGCGCCUUCCAGCUGCUGCAGGCGGCCAACGGGCGCUGCUGCCCCUUCAACGGCAUCCUGCCCAUCAACGUGGAGCUGGGCAUGGCCGCCGCCGCCGCCGCCGCCGCGGGCAAGCGGCUGCCCUCGCCGGGCAGCCCGCCGGCCGAGCCGCUACCGCGGAUCCAGGAGGACGGGCCGAGCCUGGGGCCGCGCGCCGAGACGGUGGGCAGCGCCAGCAGCCGCACGCUCACGCCGGAGCCACGGCCGGCCGGCCAGGGCGGCAGGGGCUCGACGGCCUCUGGCUCGCUGAUCAUCCCGCCACCGAGCGAGUUCCGCGGUGGCAGCAGCGCCAGCGCGCCGCCCUCGGAGGCCGACUCGUCCUCGUCGCCGCUGCCCUCGCGGCCGCGGGGCUACGACGCGAUGAGCGGCCUCGACGGCGCCGACCUGCGCUUCAUGGACGAGAGCUCGGUGGUGGUGGCCAGCCCCUCGUACGAGAGCCCGCCCUCCUCGUUCUCCUGCAGCCUGGUGCAGGGUCUGUCGAGCGCGCCCUCCUCGCCGCUGCUCGGCGCCGCGGCCGCGCCAUCCGGCGGCGCUAGCCUGCUGCAGGCGGCGCUCAUCCGGGCGACCGCCCAGCAGGCCGACCGGCAGCAGCCCCAGCUGCCGGCCGCCACGGCCAACGCCUCCAGCCAGACCCUACCCCCGCGGGUCUUCAUCACGCACCAGUCGAACGCCGCCUCGCAGACCUCGCCCGUGAUCGUCAGCAAGCUCGGGCCGCCGCAGCGCGCGCCGCCGCUGCCGAGCCCGGGCCCCGACGCCGUGCCCGCGCCCGCCGCCCCCCAGACACAGCAACAGCACUUGGCCCAGGCCCAGACCCAGGCCCAAGUUCUGGCCCCGGCCCAGAUCCAGGCUCAGGCGCAGGCCCAGGCUCAGACCCCGGUCCAGGACGCCAAGUUGCCGAGUGCCGCCAGUGACAAGGCCGUCGCGGGUGGCUCAAGGAAGGACUUUGUCAAGGUUAUCGGCAAGCGGCUCAAGGUCAAGACACAGAAGAAGGAUCCUACCGCGACUCGGCAGAAGUCGCGCACGGAGAACCGAGCUCGCAAGGCCUUUCGCACCAUUUCCUUCAUUUUAGGCGCCUUCGUCACCUGCUGGACGCCCUACCACGUUCUCGCCCUCGUCGAGGGCUUCUGCUCCGAUCCGCCUUGCACCAACAAACAUCUCUACAUGUUCUCCUACUUUCUUUGCUAUGCCAAUAGUCCUAUGAAUCCUUUCUGCUACGCCCUCGCCAACCAACAGUUCAAGAAAACCUUCAUCAGGAUACUCAAGGGUGACUUCCACAUGACGUAAUUGCCGCUCAUCCACGUGUCGAUCGCACCAUCAAUUAUUUAUUUUUCCGGCCUUCCACUUACUCAUGGAACGAAAUCUUGGACUAUAUUCGAUCGUUUCAACACAA